GAGGUGGGUCCUGGGGCCCGAGAGAAAGGCCGGGAGGCGAGGGCGGGCUGGGCGGAUUUGACGAGAGCCGCGGCGGUUGGCGAAGCGGACGGGGCGCAGCCUCUCCGGUGCGAAGAGCAGUCCCCACUGACAGAUCCCCUUCUUCCGGCCGCGCCACCCGGGAGGCGGAUCCCCGGGGCCUGAGGAGGCUUCCUUGGCUCUGGACUCCUGGACUCCCUCCCUCUCCUACGAGUCACCCGGGCGGCCUGGGAGGAGAAGGAGGAGAAGGAAGUCGUCGGGGGCGGCGGCGGGCAGAGAACCCGCUCGUCUUUUCCCGGCGGCGGCGGCGGCGGCGGGGGCAGGACAAUGGAGGUGGCUGUAGAGAAGGCGGCGACGGCGGCCGCGGCGGCUUCGGCGGCGGCCGCCGGGGGGCCCUCGGCUCCGCCGAGCGGGGAGAACGAGGCCGAGAGUCGGCAGGGCCCCGACUCGGAGCGCGGAGGCGAGGCGGCCCGGCUCAACCUGUUGGACACUUGCGCCGUGUGCCACCAGAACAUCCAGAGCCGGGCGCCCAAGCUGCUGCCCUGCCUGCACUCCUUCUGCCAGCGCUGCCUGCCCGCGCCCCAGCGCUACCUCAUGCUGCCCGCCCCCAUGCUGGGCUCGGCCGAGACCCCGCCGCCCGUCCCCGCCUCCGGCUCGCCGGUCAGCGGCUCCUCGCCGUUCGCUACCCAAGUGGGAGUCAUUCGAUGUCCAGUUUGCAGCCAAGAAUGUGCCGAGAGACACAUCAUAGAUAAUUUUUUUGUGAAGGACACUACUGAGGUUCCCAGCAGUACAGUAGAAAAGUCUAAUCAGGUAUGUACAAGCUGUGAGGACAAUGCAGAAGCUAAUGGGUUUUGUGUAGAGUGUGUUGAAUGGCUCUGCAAGACAUGCAUCAGAGCUCAUCAAAGGGUGAAAUUCACAAAAGACCACACUGUGAGACAGAAAGAGGAAGUAUCUCCAGAGGCAGUUGGUGUGACCAGUCAGCGACCAGUGUUUUGUCCUUUUCAUAAGAAGGAACAGCUGAAACUUUACUGUGAAACAUGUGACAAACUGACAUGUCGGGACUGCCAGUUAUUAGAACAUAAAGAGCACAGAUAUCAAUUUAUAGAAGAAGCUUUUCAGAAUCAGAAAGUGAUCAUAGAUACACUAAUCACCAAACUGAUGGAAAAAACAAAAUACAUAAAAUUCACAGGAAAUCAGAUCCAAAACAGGAUAAUUGAAGUAAAUCAAAAUCAGAAGCAGGUGGAACAGGAUAUUAAAGUUGCCAUAUUUACAUUGAUGGUAGAAAUAAAUAAAAAAGGAAAAGCUCUACUGCAUCAGCUUGAGAGUCUUGCAAAAGAUCAUCGAAUGAAACUUAUGCAACAGCAGCAGGAAGUGGCUGGACUUUCUAAACAGUUGGAACAUGUCAUGCAUUUUUCUAAAUGGGCAGUUUCCAGUGGCAGCAGUACAGCAUUACUUUAUAGCAAGCGACUGAUUACAUACCGGUUACGGCACCUCCUUCGAGCAAGGUGUGAUGCUUCCCCAGUGACCAACAAUACCAUCCAAUUUCACUGUGAUCCUAGUUUCUGGGCUCAAAAUAUUAUCAAUUUAGGUUCUUUAGUAAUCGAAGAUAAAGAGAGUCAACCACAAAUGCCUAAGCAGAAUCCUGUCAUGGAACAGAAUUCACAGCCACCAGGUGGUUUAUCUUCAAACCAGUUAUCCAAGUUUCCAACACAGAUCAGCCUAGCUCAAUUACGACUCCAGCAUAUGCAGCAACAGCAACCUCCUCCACGUUUGAUAAAUUUUCAGAAUCACAGCCCCAAACCCAAUGGACCAGUUCUUCCUCCUCAUCCUCAACAGCUAAGAUAUCCACCAAACCAGAGUACGCCACGACAAGCAAUAAAGCCCAACCCCCUGCAGAUGGCUUUCCUGGCUCAACAAGCCAUAAAACAGUGGCAGGUCAGCAGUGGUCAGGCCACCCCAUCAGCUGCCAACAGCACGUCCUCUACUCCUUCCAGUCCCACCAUUACUAGUGCAGCAGGAUAUGAUGGAAAGGCUUUUGGGUCACCUAUGAUUGAUUUGAGCUCACCCGUGGGAGGUCCCUAUAAUCUUCCUUCUCUUCCAGAUAUUGACUGCUCAAGUACUAUUAUGCUGGACAAUAUUGUGAGGAAAGAUACUAGUACAGAUCAUGGCCAGCCAAGACCACCCUCAAACAGAACCGUCCAGUCACCGAAUUCAUCAGUGCCAUCUCCAGGCCUUACAGGACCUGUUACUAUGACAAGUGUACACCCACCAAUACGUUCACCUAGUGCCUCCAGCGUUGGGAGCCGAGGAAGCUCUGGCUCUUCCAGCAAACCAGCAGGAGCUGAUUCUACACACAAAGUCCCAGUGGUCAUGUUGGAGCCAAUCCGAAUAAAACAAGAAAACAGUGGACCACCUGAAAAUUAUGAUUUUCCUGUUGUUAUAGUGAAACAAGAAUCAGAUGAAGAAUCUAGGGCUCAAAAUACCAACUAUCCAAGAAGCAUACUCACCUCCCUGCUCUUAAAUAGCAGUCAGAGCUCUGCAUCUGAAGAGUCUGUGUUAAGAUCAGAUGCCCCUGAUAGCACAGGAGAUCAACCUGGACUUAACCAGGAAAAUUCCUCAAAUGGAAAGUCUGAGUGGCUAGAUGCCUCACAGAAGUCACCCCUUCACGUUGGAGAGACAAGGAAAGAGGAUGACCCCAAUGAGGACUGGUGUGCAGUUUGUCAGAAUGGAGGGGAACUCCUAUGCUGUGAGAAGUGUCCCAAAGUAUUCCAUCUCUCUUGUCAUGUGCCCACAUUGGCAAAUUUUCCAAGCGGAGAGUGGAUUUGCACUUUCUGCCGAGACUUAUCUAAACCAGAGGUUGAGUAUGAUUGUGAUGCUCCCAUUCACAACUCAGAAAAAAAGAAAACUGAAGGCCUUAUCAAACUAACACCAAUAGAUAAAAGGAAGUGUGAACGCCUACUUUUAUUUCUUUAUUGCCAUGAAAUGAGCCUGGCUUUUCAAGACCCAGUUCCUCUAACUGUGCCAGAUUAUUACAAAAUAAUUAAAAAUCCAAUGGACUUGUCAACCAUCAAGAAAAGACUACAAGAAGAUUAUUCCAUGUAUACAAAGCCUGAAGAUUUUGUAGCUGAUUUUAGAUUGAUCUUUCAAAACUGUGCUGAAUUCAAUGAGCCUGAUUCAGAAGUAGCCAAUGCUGGUAUAAAACUUGAAAGCUAUUUUGAAGAACUUCUGAAGAACCUUUAUCCAGAAAAACGGUUUCCUAAAGUAGAAUUCAGGAAUGAAUCAGAAGAUAAUAAAUUUAGUGAUGACUCAGAUGAUGACUUUGUACAGCCCCGGAAGAAACGCCUCAAAAGCAUAGAGGAACGCCAGUUGCUUAAAUAAGCAACACCACUGGCGUGUGCUGGUUUUUAGAUUUUUUUUUUGUUUUCAAAAAACAUUUUUGUCAGUAAUUUAACAUCAUUACCAAGAAGAGCUUGUGACCACUUUAAGUUUUCAAUGUUUACUAGACUCUGAUUUCCUUAAUAACCCAUUUCUUUUAACCUUAUUAAGAAAGAAAAAGAGGGAGGAAGGAAGGAGAAAGGAAGAAAGAAAGAAGCAUCAACAACAAAAUAAAAAGACAUUCUCCCCACUUAUUGGAUUUCAAACUGCAGUCUGGAGUGAUAGCAACUAUAGAAAGGAAAUAGACUUUGUUUGAACUCUAAGUUGAAAAUUUAAUGUGGUUUGGAUGUGUGCGUUAAUCCAUUUUUAGAAAAUACCACUACUCAUUAACUAUGGACCAACCAUGAGUUAGGUGUACUGUACGUAAGAGCAGUACUCCAAUGAAUAUGAGUGGUAAUAAGAGUUCUAUUCUAGGAUGCCCACUGGUGCAACGAAAAAGUAGAUUAGAUGCUAUUAAGAAGGCACCUAAUAGUAUAUCAUGUAAGAUGGCAAUUGUAUUAAAGAAAAAGGAAAACAGAUGUUUGAUUUUUGUUUUUGUUUUUUUCCUGUCUAUAGAGGUGUGUUUGGUAUAGCAGGUUUUCAAGCCCAUUUUUCGUACAUUUCUAAACCUACCUUCUUCCACUGAGGAAGUAAGUGUACUCGUUUGGUUUUGCUGUGUGUCUGUGUGUGGUUUGUUGUUUGCUUUUUAACUGUGCCAGGUGAUCCUUUUAUAACAAGACUCAUUGUUUUCAGUAUGGCUUUUAGUGGAGCUGUCCAGAAUACGCAAUACAGCAGUGUGUGCCGUAUUUGAUGUAAGGAUUCUUCAACUUAUACCCUAUUGGGCAUUAAAUAUAAAUUCCCCUGAAAGGGACCAGUUUUUGUGGUUUUCAUCUGUCUUCAUAAAUUGGAAUGAAGUGUGUUGUGGAAUUUGGGAGCAGGCAACUGGAGGAAGUUAGAGUGAAAUUUACAUUUUUUUCUGAAGCAUCUAUUUCCCAUUCUUCAGAGGCAGAACCUCAAACUGAAUCUUUCAUCUGACUUAAUUCUGGACUUCAUGUUCAUUCUCCUGAUAGAGAUACAAAAGACCUACCUUCUGAGGGCAAGCAUAUUCUUAAUGGGUCAGACCUAGCUAGUUUACUGACUUUCAUUUAUUCCUUUUACUUGUUGUUCAGUAUCAAAGAAGGAAACUAGGUUAAGAUAGAAGAAAAUUAUUGUGCCAUUUGCUAAUCUAACAUUUGACAGUAUAUUUAUAUGUGAACUUUUUUAGUUUGCCAAAGUAAACCUUUAUUUAUAAAACAUUAAUUGGCUGAGGAAAUUUUCCUCUCUAGGCUGAUAGAAUGAAAAUAUAGCUGACUUGAAAGAAUUUUAUCCUUUGGAUAGUGUCAUCUCCCAUGAAUUAAACCUAGAGGAUUUGCUUGUAUCCACAUGGCAUUAGUUCUUAAAAUGGACAGUUUGAAAAUAUCCUGUGGCUAAGUCAUUGGGUUUUCAGAUACUGCUAAAGAUAAAAUGAGAAAAGAACUUACUGGCAAGAGCAUCUUUUCUGUGUACACUUAGGUUUAGUCCAUAAUAUGUCAGUUAUGUACUAAAGGUUAAAAAGUCUUAAUCACUUUUCCAAAUAUGUGUUUUAGGGUGGUAGUUGUUGUUGUUGUAUUGUUUUGAAUAUGUGUUUGACAUUUAUUCUCCAAAGACUUGAACAAAUUUUGAUAAUAGUGCAUAUACCACCAAUUGUCUUCUUUUGCUCCAGCAUUUUUAGCACAGCAGCCAUGGAGCUUUUCCUAAUAAGUUUAUUGUUUUUAUUUUAGAAUACUAUUCUUAUGAUAGUUUUUUCUUCGAUACUUGUCUCCUGAGUUAAAGCAGGGCACCACAGGUAAAUUUUGAGGAUGAUCACAAAGGGAAGUAGCACUUAAGAGAGAAAAAUUAUAAUUUUGUAAAUGCAUCUGAGCCAGAAUUUCUACUAAUAUACCCAAAACUUUCACUGUUAUUAUUCAGUGCCAUAUUAAUCUUUUCAAACAAUAUUUUUCUUUCACCUUUAUCAUUUUUUUGCAGAAUGAAAGGCACUUGAAAACCAUCUUUCCUGUAAUCAUACAUAAUAUAUACUAAAAGUAUUUCUCCAAAUAACAUUUUCUUAAUGAUCUGAAAAUUAAAGUCCUACGACCUUAUUAACAGGUGCCUGUGUGUCCAGGUGGAUCCCAGCAAAGUAGUCCUUAAAUUAUAAUAGUAGUAAGCUAUAAGAUGAGCCUAAGUAAACCUCAUGCCCAUUUGGAAAGCAUUCCUUUCAAAAGGUCAGUGCAACUCAAGCAACCUUGACCUAAACUUAAAAAACUCCAGUGUUUACCUCUGAUCAAACACUCCAGGAGAUUACCCUCUGGAUUUAGAACCAGUAGCCUUAUGUCAUAUCUGCAAGACCCCCCAAUGCUGAAUGGGAUCACAUGAUGAGCAGGCCAUGUGGCAGCUAGAAUAUACUCAAUCCUGGGAAACUCAUCGAAAGCUUUCCCAGGUGCCAAGCAUCUGAUCUUUCCAGCAAAAAGGAAACCCAGUACACAGUUAGUGACUUACAUGGCUUUGGUAGAAGUAUAAAUGGAUAAUGUAUACCAUAUUAAAUUCAAAAUACUAUUGUACUUCAGCACCUGGCAAUGCAGUUAUUUUGUCCUUUAAAUUAACAGGCCCUGCUUAUCUUUUCUGAGUGGAAGUGUAGGAAAUUGGAAGGUCCUGAGAGGAAAAUGUCCUCUUCCCUUGGUAGCUUUACUUUCUUUUCCAAGCUAAAGAAUAGGCUCCACAUUUUACUACUACACAGUAGUGUAGAUGUAAUACAACUUAGGGAUGCUUUCAAAAAAGAUUCACUCCACAGUCAAAAGGGUGAGUAUAUAGCCGAUUGCUCCAUUUAUGAAUUUGUGUUUCAAUUUUCUAUUCUGUUACAGUGUUUAAACUUUUAAAUUGGGGUUCCGUGGAGAGACUAGUUAGACAAUGAAAGGAGGAACUCCCCCUUUUGUUGAGGCCUGAUCUACAAGUGAACGUGAAUCCCAACAGUAGGUUGCUGCACUGAAGCAAAAGGUUUUUAGGUUUAAAUAGAAGGUAUAUUUAUUUUCUGUUUAUCUGUAUCUGUUAUGAAUGAGAGAAAUUGAGUGAUCUGAUUGACCAUUAAAAUUAUGGACAUAACCAUGAGUUCAACCGUCUAAUUAUUGAAAUAGAGGCCCUCAUUUAAAAUAACCAUGCAUAUACAUAUUUUUUGAAGUAUUAUAUAACCUCAUGUAAGUUAAGAGUUCAUGUCUUUUUAUUUAUAUUGCCCCUUCAUCUUUGGUGUGAAUUUACUAAAAUUCACAGGUUGGUGGCUCAUGGUCUUGAGUGAGAAUAAUGCUAGCCAAUCAGAUCACAGAUUUCUCUGCCCAUGAAGGUUUCACUUAUUGUGAAGUAUAUCUGAGACCGUAGUCUUCGUUGUUGUUUUUAAUUUGCGGGAGUCAACUGGUGCUUUGAUUUUAAUAAAAAUCAGCUUUGAUGAA